AUGGCGGCAGCGCGCCGCUGCCGGGCGCCGCGGCGUGGCCCGGGGCGCGGCCCCGGCCCCGCGCUGCUGGCUCUGGCCGGGGCCCUCGCCGCGGCGGCCGCCCGCCCGGCGGCCUGGAGCGCCUCCCGCGGGCGGGCCCCGCGGUCCGGCACCGGGCGGGUCGCCCGCGCGGCGAAGGGGGGGGGUGCUGCUGCGGUGCAGGAGGGAUUGGCUGCGCGACGUCCUGGGUCGGGUGGACGACGAGGAGGUGGACCGUCUCUUCAGCAAGUACGACCCGGACAACUCGAAUACGAUCGACAGGGAGGAUUGUUCGGGGCGAUCGCGAAUGAGAUGAAGGCCGACGAGGCGCGCCGCACCGUGGUGGCCGUCCUCGGAGCGGCGCUGGGCGGCGUGUUUGUGGGCACCCUCGGCCAGCAGUACCAGAUCGCCCAGAAGGCCUUUCGCCGUUUCUACAUCUCCCCUCCCGCCGAGCGGUCCAUGAACGCCUUCUUCCCGACCGCCCUUCUGGCCGACGACGUGAACAGGGCAGUCUCGGACGUGCUCGGCAAGCGCGGCUACACCUCCCAGAACACGCUGUACGCCCAGAGCAUGUGCCCAGACGAGAUCAACUCCAAGGCCCAGGAGCUCGUCGCUCUCAUGCAGGGUGAGUGGGGCGAGGCCUUCGCGCUCGGCGGUUUAGCAGGCCUGCCGUUCGCCGGCAAGUCGGGUUUCGAGGCGUUCCUGCACCACACGCCCGUGGACGGCAAGAUCCUCAUCUGCUUCGCGCCGCACGUCGGCAUCAAUGCCGACGGCGUUGUCGGCAGCCACCUCCGGGAGGGGCAGGUGAAGUCUUCCACGGCCUGCGGCGCGGCAGUCGGCGCGUUCAACGCCAUCACGAAGCCCGGCGGCGGCAACAGCGACAACGAUCUGGGCCUGGCGUACGACGCUCAGGAGAAGUACAUCGUAGAGAACUUGCGCCCGCUGCUUCCGGGGAUCGAGGCUUCUCAAGACAAGAUAGCCUAUGUCACCUACCAGACAUACAACAUCGCGCGCGACCUCAUGCUUGAUACCCUGAAGGGUAUUCCCGACAUCUACGACUGGUGCGAUGAGCUGGCAGUCGUCGGGGGCAUCAUGAUCAACCGCAACAAGGGUGGGGACUUCUUCCAGCCCCUUACGUUUGAGGCCAAGAGCCGGGACGGUGUGCUGACCGACCUGUACCAGCAGGCUUUCGGGCCCCGCCCCGAGCUCGCGCAGGUGCUGGGGUCCGACGCAAAAGCGAAACAGGUGCUCUCGCCAGGCGGAUGGUAA